GUGGCGCCAGAACUCGAACUCGGCCCUAAGAACCGCAUAGGCGCGUACCUGAAGACACUCGAAAAGCUAUCCGACGCGCUGCGGUUCUUCGAAGCGCACAAAUAUCUGGGCAGCUGCCGAUUGGAGCUGCGGCAGGGAAGAGUGCUGAUGGACGUUGCUGUGGGGCGACUCGGAGAGGAGUUUGGGGAGGUGCUGUGCGGUGGAAGCAUAAUUCCGGAUCGGGAAUAUCUGCUCCAAUCAGCCGCAGGCAAGAUGCCUGGUGAGGUGCUGCCGUCCGUGCCUCUGCUUCGGUCCGAGGCUGUGACGCAGCUUCGGCCCAUGGCUGCUUGGAUGCUGGACAAUGGAUAUGAGUCCGCGUGCCUCUCGCUGUACGAGCAGCACCGCUCGGCUGCUCUCCUGCAGUGCGUAACGCGACUCAGUGGUGGCAGCGCAGCAGCAUUGGGAUCCGACGAGGUGGCUGCGCUGGCAUGGGAAGAGCGAGAUCCCCUCUUGAAACUAUGGGUGCAUAACGUGCUGGUUCUGGUUGGUCCAGAGACAGAGCUGUUCCGGACCAUUAUCGGGCAGAAUCAACCGUCUUCCAACAACGCUCGAGCGCGGUGCCUUGCAGGCGUGGUGCUGCCCUCUCUGACGCUCCUGCACUCCUUUGGCUGUGUGGUAGCGGGGUUGUGUUGGGACCCACAGCACCUGUUCCCGCUGCUGCAUGUGGUGCAGGCUCUGCUGACGCUGAGACCAACGGUAGAGAAACAGUUCCCAGGGGAGGCAGGGCAGGAGGUGCGGCGCCUCUUCCUCCUCAUCUGCUCCUCCCUCUGCACCGCCGUGCGUCGGACCAUCUCCGACUUCCAACUCAGAGUGCAUUUCAACCCCACACAACCCCUCACCACCCCUCCCUCCCCAGCACAACAACCCCGCAACCUCCCCUCCUCCCUCUCCCGCUUCUCUUCCUCCUCCUCCACCUCCCUCAUCCCCCCCCCUCCUCUGUUUGAUCUCUCUCCGACGCGGGAAAGCCGGGAUGCUCUGAGUGCUCUUAAAGCCAGCCCGGAUGUGCUUCCUCUCACGAGCUACCUGGUCAACUUCGCCAUUCUCUGCUUGGACCCGUCUCUGUACCUGAGUACUCUUCUGCUGGUGUAUGGAGGGGAGGAGGGGAACGAGGAGGUGGGAGCGGCACGGGUGGGGGCAGCACGGGUGGGGGUGGCAUCACAGCUGCUGCUGGCGGCUCUGAAGCCGAAUCUGGAGCGCAUGGGAGAUGCGUUUUAUUGCGAUGAGGGCAUGCGAGCCUUUUUCCUCCUCAACAACUGUGCUUACAUGCUGCACAAGGUGGCGGAGCAUGACGAACCGCGCGUGACGGAGGUUCUUGGGCAGGCUUGGUUGAACGAGGUUGCAAAGGAGCUGUUGAGACAUCGAGACACGUACACUCAGUGCAUCAGGGACAAGGUGGCGCCAGUGCUGUGGGGUCAUCAAGGCAACGCUCAAGCCUUCACCAAGCCGGCGUUUCACACCCUUCUGGAUGCCAUUCAGGGGCAACAGAGCACGUGGAGCAUUGGGAAUGCCGAUGCGCGGGCAAGCGUGCGAGACGCGGUGGUUUCGCAGGUGCUUCAGAAAUACAGGGACUUUUUGGACCAGCACAGGUGGGUGGAGUGUAAGCAGGUGGGGAGAAAGGUGGGUGGGGUGGAAGCAGGUGGGGAGAAAGGUGGGGAGAAAGGUGGGGAGAAAGGUGGGUGGGGUGGAAGCAGGUGGGGAGAAAGGUGGGGAGAAAGGUGGGUGGGGUGGAAGCAGGUGGGGAGAAAGGUGGGGAGAAAGGUGGGUGGGGUGGAAGCAGGUGGGGAGAAAGGUGGGUGGGGUGGAGGCAGGUGGGGAGAACGAGGUGAGUUUCGGUUUGACUUAGGAGGUGGUUUCUCAAAUGCUUCAGCAAUACAGGGGCUUUUUGGACCGACACAGGUGGGUGGAAUGGAAGCAGGUGGGGAGAACGAGGUGGGUGGAAUGGAAGCAGGUGGGGAGAUAGGUGGGUGGGGUGGAAGCAGGUGGGGAGAUAGGUGGGUGGGGUGGAAGCAGGUGGGGAGAUAG